CAGGUAUACUUUUACAACCCAUAAAGAUGUGAAAUGGGACUAUAGGAGGUCCUCUUCAAACAAGAAAGGGGGAAAAAAAAAAAAAGAAGAAGAAAAAGGGAUGAAGAACAAGUAAAGUUGAAAUUGAUGAAUGAGACCAACUAGAAUGAGGCCGUCACGUUGCAUGGCUACCAUUUAUUAACGCAGAUUAUAAAUAAGGUUCGCACACGUAAUUGAAAAGCCAAUCAGUUUUCUCCUCAAUUACCGCUUUCUUUAAUCUUCAUUGGCGGAUCGAACCAAAAAAAAAAAACUCAAGAAAAUGUUCAUUUUCUCCAAUAUCUGCAUUCUUCAAUUUCUUUAGCCAACAACCAAAAAAAAAAAGAAAAAUUUAUAAGAAACAAUUUGAUUUUUGGUUCUGGGCAUUGACCCAUUUGUUGGAAGAACAAAUCCAUUCCUUGAUAAAUCAAAAGAGUUUGACUUCAAAUACGAGGGGUGCCAACGAAGAAGAAAGAAAGAAUAUGGUUGCAAUAAUAAAUUAUUAAUAGGUGGUGGACAACUAAUUAAAGGAGAAAGAAAGCGAUUGGGAUUUCUUCAUCUGCCGUUAUAAAAAGGAGUUGAAAGGCUUUUAUAAUGGAUUCCCCAACUUCUUCUCCAAGGUUAUCAAAACCCCCUUCCAAGACAGCCAACAUGGAUCACUUGUUGGGUCUUCUCAGAAUUAGAGUUAAAAGGGGAGUCAAUCUCGCCGUUCGUGAUGUCCGUACCAGUGAUCCUUACGUUGUUGUCAAGAUGGGUAAACAGAAAUUGAAGACGCGUGUCAUAAAUAAGGAUGUUAACCCCGAGUGGAAUGAAGAUUUGACUCUUUCAGUGUCUGAUCCCAGUCAUCCUAUCAAGCUGACUGUGUAUGAUCAUGACAUGUUCAGCAUGGAUGACAAAAUGGGAGAUGCAGAAUUCGACAUGAAGGCAUUUGUAGAAGCUUUGAAGAUGAAAUUGGAUGGUCUCCCAAAUGGCACCAUCAUUACAAGGGUGCCACCAUUAAGGACAAACUGCUUAUCUGAAGAGAGUUGUGUCAUGUGGAAAGACGGCAAGAUUAUUCAAGAUAUGUGUCUAAGACUACGAAAUGUUGAAUGUGGGGAAGUCGAAAUCCAACUUCAAUGGAUCGAUCUUCCAGGUUCCAAAGGUUUGUAAAAUGUUGUAAAUGUCUUGAGCCGUUCGGUUCUUCAACAAGCUUGUAUGCUUUUCGGCCUUGUUCAAUAAAUAAACCCUCUCUUGUGUCUACCUAUCUGUACCAGAAUUGUAGCUCAAUGAUCGUACAGUUUUGGUUGCCAUUUCACCUUUUAGUUAUUAUUAAUCUUAGAGGCUUUUUUAUAUUGCCGUGUCCGAAUUCAUUGCUUUAACUAAUCUGGAUUCGAGCCUGACUUUUGCAUUACUUUAAGUUAACUAAAAGUAUUAACUUCUGAUAGAGCUUUGUUGCCUGCUUUCAGUUAGUGGUAUGCAAUAAGUAUUUCCUUUGUCC